AUGGGAACUGCAGUCUUGCCUCAGCAAUACUCUUGUGAAAUGGCAGCAACCAAACUAACUGCUGACGGUCUUACAUCGACCGAAGAGUCCCAUUCUAUUAAUGAAGACACUAGAAUGGACACUGACAUAACUUACGAAGAAGAGGACGCCCUCCUGUACGAAGAUCGAGAUGAAGAUGUUGGUUAUAGCGAUGACAGUAUCCCAAACGCUCAAAGACAGGAACGUAAGAGGGAUACAACGAAUGAGCCAAAAAGCAAGAAGAGGCCAAGUGAGCAGAAAACCAAAGAGCCUACAGGAUCUCAGAAAACGAGCAACGACAGAGGCAGGAAGCGCUGA